GACAGAACACUGCAGCUGGGGAUGGAAUACUGUUGCUGGGAAUGGAAUACCAUAGCUGAGGACGGAACACAGAGUGGCAGUUGGGGACUCGACUCAAGGCAGCAUUGCUUGGAUGUGACUUUGUCUCGGAGGGCAGCCCGCAGCCCACUACUACAGCGCACCUGCCUGCAGCCCACUACCACAGCGCUGCCGUCGGGACGCUCGAUCUGACCCCCGACCCCAGGGAGAGCCGAGAGGGCGUAGUCUCUGAAAGGUGGUGCCAGUGAGCCGACUCAACAACCAUGUUGCUUGGCAACCACAGCCUGGCGGCCGUCCUGCAGCAGAGGCCGGACUGGGACGCGGACUGGGUGGAGCACUCGCUGGACUUCCUGUUCAUGCUGCUGACCAAGGUGCUGCUGAACUGCGUCCUGGCGUUCAACCACGGCCUCCAGCGGCCGGCGUGCUCCCUCAUGAGCCUCUGCUUCCUGUCGCUCUGCCUGGCCGACUUCCUGCUCGCCGCCGCGCUCGCCGUCGCCACGACCGCCAACCGGCUGCUGGACUGCUGCGACGGUUACCCGGGUUACGAGGCCCUGGUGCUCACGCACGCCUCCGCCGUCUACGCCUUCCUGCCGCUGCCCGUGCUGGUGCUCGGAGCGCUGGACUACGCCUCUGUGGCCCGGCGAGGGCAGGACGGAGGGUUCCGGUCCCGCUGGCCGGGCGGAGGCGUGGGUCAGGGCGCGGCGGUUCUGGCGCUGUGGGUUCUCGCCGGGCUGUACUCGGCGCUGCACACGGACCCGUCGGUGCUGGAGGUGAAGCGCAUGCCGGGAGCGCUGCGGUGGGCGCGGGUGUGUGACGUGCGCGUGGCGCGGGACGUCGACCUCUACUGCCUGCUGCUGCUGCCGGCGGUCGGGGUCGUGCUGCUGAUGCACCUGCCCCACGUGCCGCGCUGGACGCGCCUCCUCCACCAGGUGGCGCCGGAAAUGGAGGCGCACGGAACACAGUGGAAACGCAACCUGCCCGGCACCCACAACAAAAUGCCCGUCAUCUACAGCAACCUGCCCGUCUCAAACAGCAAAAUGCCCGUCACCCACGGCAACCUGCCCGUCACCCACAACAAAAUGCCCGUCACCCAUGGCGACCAGGCUGUCUGGUCCGUUGAGAUGGAGAUGCAGCACCCGUGCCAGCGGGACCCCCCGAUCUACGUUGCCUGCGUGCUGCUGUUCGCCGUGCCCUGGUGCCCAUACCUGCUGAUGCACCUGAGUAGUCAGCUGCUGGAGAUGGCAGUGCCCUCGUACGUCAGCGUCAACACGCUGUGGCUCAGCAGUGCCAACAGCCUGCUGGCGGGCAUCACCUCCUGGGCACUGGCAAGGCAGGAGGACACGGGCGGCACCACCGGCGCCAGCAUCCAACACCUGGACCCCGCCUGCGACUGGAGGAUCCCCAUCUACCUCAGUUACCGUGGCAACAGCUCCGGCCCAUGGAACCAAGUGCCCCUGGAGCUGCAGACUCAGACGUCAGAGAAGAAACUGAAGCCCCAGCUGCUGAUUUGAGCUGCACUCCGGACAGCAUCACACACACACACACACACACACACACACACACACACGCACACACACACACACGCACACACACACACACACACACACGGGGAAGGGUUUGGGGGGUGCGCACUGCACAGGACAGGGGACAGGUUUGAGGGGUGCGCAUGCCAUGGUGGGGGGCUGCCUGUGUCUUUUUAUUCCAUCUGGGAUUUCUGGGACUGUCGUCAUAGUCUGAGGAGAGGCCGUAAGGCCUGAAGUGUGUGAAAAAGGAACUGUAUUGGGAGCUCUCUCGGGUGUGCGGAUUUGUACUUAUGUAGGGGCUAUCACUGUGAAAUAGCACAAGUAAUGCUACUUUAAUGAAUAUUUACAAUAAAGAAAUGUAAGAACUGAA